GCAAAAUCACCAGGAAAAGAUCAAAGAGAUAGCAGGUUUUCUGCUGCCUGACAUUUGGACUUUGUAGCUUCCAUCACGUGCUGUGCUAUCUGUUUGCUUUAUCUGGCGAAUAGAACGGGAUCGCUGGGGCACGAAAGAGCAAUAUAAUCGGGAAGCUUACCUGGGCUUCUUUUCUUACCUGGGUUGCACCACAAACUUCUGCAAGACCCAGGCACUGGCAGAGGCACCGUGAGCCUCUGGCCGAUAUUUUAAGCUUUCCUCAAAAACCUUACCUUGGUGAAUCUCCAGUCUGUAAAAUAAGAGAUGGCUCGUUUCUCCUCUUGUAUCUCAUGGGUCUGGACGGUCCUCCUUCUGGACGGUUGUACUGCAGGUUAUCUCAAGCAAGCAACUUCUGGAUCCAGGGACACCAGAAACUGCACAGCCAACCCUCCGUAUUUGCCUCCCACGGUGAUCCGAACGGACAAACAGCUGGAAGCCUUGCGGCUGCACAUGCAGUCGCUCAACCUCUCCGCCUACAUCGUCCCCAACACGGAUGCGCACAUGAGCGAGUACAUUGCCGAACGGGACAAGAGGCUGAGCUGGAUGACGGGCUUCACAGGAUCAGCAGGGACGGGUGUGAUCACUUUGCAGAAAGCAGUCCUCUUCACAGACAGCCGCUACUGGAUCCAAGCUGAGCGCCAGAUGGAUUGCAACUGGGAGCUGCAGAAGUCAGUCUGGAUCGACAACAUUGGGCAGUGGAUACAGGAUGAGGUUCCUGCUGGGAAGAGAAUCGGAUUGGACCCUUACCUCUUUUCCAUCGAUAACUGGGAGAGCUACAGCCAAGUCCUGGAGAGUCACGGUAGGAUCCUUGUUCCCAUCGAGGACAAUCUGGUGGACCUUGUAUGGACUGAGAGGCCACCUCCACCCACUGACACCAUCUACCAACUCGCAGACAACUUUGUCGGCAGCACCUGGAAGGAGAAGGUUACCAAUAUCCGGAACCAAAUGGAGAUGCACAGCGAGAAGCCCACCGCGGUCUUGCUCUCGGGUCUCGAGGAAACCGCUUGGCUCUUCAAUCUUCGAGGAGACGACAUCCCCUACACACCUGUCUUCUACUCCUACACACUUCUUACCAAGACGAAUAUCAGCCUCUUUGUGAACCAGAGCCGACUGAGUGCGGAGGCCCUGCAGUCACUGACUGCUGAGUGCCCGGGGCCCCUGUGUGUGCGGAUGGAGGAGUACAAGCAAGCCAGUGCCAGCCUGAGAAGCUACGCCCAGCAGGGCGGCGUUCGCAUCUGGAUUGGAACGGAGUACGCCAACAUUGCUCUCUACAGAGAAAUCCCCUUGGCAAAGGUCCUAGAAGAUCAGUUCUCCCCUGUCAUGAUCACCAAGGCAUCCAAGAACCCCAAGGAGCAAGAGCUGAUGCGGGCGGCCCACAUACGAGACGCGGUCGCACUGAUCCAGUACUUGGUCUGGCUGGAAAAGAACGUUCCCUCUGGUUCUGUGACCGAAAUGUCUGGCGCACGCUACGUGGACCAGCUGCGGAGGAAAGAGCUGUACUGCCGUGGGCCCAGCUUUGAGACAAUCUCUGCAAGUGGACUGAAUGCAGCUCUGGCCCAUUACAGCCCAUCCAAUACUACCAGCCGCUCCCUGUCUGUGAAUGAAAUGUACCUGGUGGACUCUGGAGGCCAGUAUUACGAUGGAACAACCGACAUAACCCGGACUGUCCACUGGGGGGAACCAACGGCUUUGCAGAAGGAUGCCUACACACGGGUACUGAUGGGGAACAUUGACCUGUCCAGGCUUGUUUUUCCACCCAGGACGUCAGGCAGACUGGUGGAAGCCGUGGCUCGCCAGCCCCUCUGGGAAGCGGGGCUCAACUAUGGCCAUGGGACUGGACACGGCAUCGGCAACUUCUUGUCUGUUCAUGAAUGGCCUGUGGGCUUCCAGUCCAACAACAUACCCUUGGAUAAGGGCAUGUUCACCUCCAUAGAACCUGGUUAUUACAGGGAUGGUGAAUUUGGGAUCCGUCUUGAGGAUGUUGCACUUGUGGUACAGGCGAAGACUAAGUACCCAGUGCGUGGCGAGUCCUUCCUGACUUUCGAAGUGGUGUCGCUGGUGCCUUACGCACGGAAUCUCAUCGACGUGAACCUCCUGUCCCCGGAGCAGAUCGAGUUCAUCAACAGAUACUACGAGACCAUCUGGCAGCGCGUGGGGCCCGAGCUGCAAAGACGCAAGCUGGACGAGGAGUACCAGUGGCUGCAGCGGAACACGCAACCCCUCUCCCGGUCGUUCCUGUUAGCGGCCUCCCUUGGCACACUCGCCAUGGGCACCCUGGCCUCCACUCUUAUCCCAGGGGCGUAGGACAGGGCCUGGGACAUGUGGCGGCGUGGCCUCCAUCUUCAGCCCUGCAUGGAGGCCUGCUUGAACUGCUCAUCCACCUCAGCCCUUGCCCGUAUCUUCUGGGACUCUCUGGCCUCUGAAUACCUUUGCUACCAAGCCUUCUCCCCAACAAGCUUAUAUAUGGUCUCCUUCAUCCAGGCAAGAAAAUAUACAAACAGCUCUGAGUUUCUAUCUUGAACCAACGUUUCCUAGCCAGGAUGGAGCAGAGCACUUGUAGAGAAAAAGAGAACAUGACGGACUGUUGUCCUAGACUCCCCCAAGUCUUUGGAGGAUUGUACUUCCCUCAUGUCACACAAGAAUGUGACAUGAGAUCCCUAAUCCUUUUGGGGCUGUGGGCACAUUUGAAAUUUUGGGUGUGCCAUGGGCAUGCUCAUGAAAUGGUUGCCAAGGUCGGUGUGACCAAGUACAAGCAGCCACUUCCCACAGGCCAAUUGGUAAGACUAACUGAAAAUUAACUGCAGAACAACCUAAGGUCAAACCAAAGGUUGGGUCUGAGAGCCACUCUUUUGAACCCACAAUUUUCUGCUUCAACCCAUUUCACAGAAGGCAAACUGAGGAGGCUGAGAAACGAGUAACUUGGCCAAUACACUCAGAACAAGGCAGAGGCAGGGUCUGAGCUCCAACUGCCAAAUAACAACAAAACCCCUAUUUCACAGAAGACAGCUAGUGUUACUCUGGGGGGAAAAAACCAUACACAGCCACAAAACACACGCUGAGCAACACUUGCCCCACACUCCAAUUCCCCCAAAACCAGAGAAAACACAUCCACCUCUGACAACAUGAGCAAAACAUGCAUACACACAAAGAAUCCUGGGAAAACCCAUCCUAUGCAAAUAUACCUGCCACGCUUAUCAUCUAAGAAUCCCUCUCUGGCUCCAUGGCACAUGUACUCUCCCACAUACUACAUAUUCCUUGGAAAUGCAUGUGGCAUUGGAGGCCAGCCCUUUGUUAACCUCUCAGCUGUUUUUGCUAAAAAAAUCUAAAAAAGGAAUAUAAAAAGCAGGAGGGACUGGAAACUUGGGGGGGGGGGUGUUAUGGCUCCCCAGUUAAGCCCUUGGUAAGGGGCUGAGAGGCCCAAGUGCCAUCCUCUCUGAAGCCUGAACCAAUGCCGUGCUUUCCCCAGUGGGAAAAAUACACACCUUGAAUACAUAUCACCUUUUCACCAACACCCCUGAAGACAGUAACGUUUGACGGCGGCACUUAGCGAUCAGUGUGUUGUUCCGGCUUGAAAACACAAAAGGAUGACAA